AUGGGAGCCCGCGUGUCCGUGGAUGACUCCGUGCGGGUGGUGGUGGUCGGGGGUGGCUUUGGAGGCACGGCGGCCGCCAGCUUGCUGAAGUCCUGGGCCAUCCCCUUCGUGCUGGUGGACGUGAAAGACGCUUUCCAUCACAACGUCGCUGCCCUCCGAGCCGCCGUGGAGAGCGGAUUUGCCAAGAAGACUUUCAUCUCCUACUCUGUCACCUUUGGGGACAGCUUCCGACAAGGCGAGGUUGUUGGCAUAGACCCCGAGAGGCAACAAAUCCUGCUUAGUGAUGGUGAGGAGCUUCACUACUCCCACCUCAUUCUUGCAACAGGCAGCGAUGGGCCGUUCCCUGGGAAGUUCAACAAAGUCAUUGACAUAGAAAGUGCCAUCCAGACCUACGAAGACAUGGUUAAGGAGAUUGAGAAAUCUGAUCGCAUCUUGGUAGUGGGAGGUGGUUCUGCUGGAGUCGAGAUGGCUGCAGAGAUCAAAACAGAGUACCCAGCCAAAAAGGUCACCCUCAUUCACUCAAAAACUGCACUAGCAGAUGUGGAGCUGCUAGAUAGCGUCCGUCAGGAGGUGAAAGAGAUCCUCCUCAGAAAAGGAGUGUGCCUCUUAUUAAGUGAAAGGGUCAGCAAUAUGGAAAACCUCACACCAAACCGGUUCCAGAAGGACAUGGUAGUGAGGACAGAAAAAGGCACUGAGGUGGUUGCUGACAUGGUGAUCCUGUGCACGGGGAUAAAGGUUAACUCCUCAGCAUACACUGCUGCAUUUGGGGACAAAAUGGCAAGUAACAGUGCUUUGAAAGUUAACAAGCACCUCCAGCUAGAAGGCUAUGAGAACAUCUAUGCCAUUGGGGACUGUGCAGAUCUGAAGGAACCAAAGAUGGCCUACCAUGCUGGGCUCCACGCCAACAUUGCAGUGACAAAUAUCAUCAACAGCCUGACACAUAAGCCUCUUAAAACCUACGAACCAGGGUCACUAACAUUCCUGCUUUCAAUGGGCAGGAAUGAUGGCGUAGGCCAAGUAAACGGUUACUACGUGGGACGUCUCUUGGUGACCAUUGCUAAGAGCCGGGACCUGUUUAUCUCCAAGAGCUGGAAGACGAUGGGACAGACAAUGCCUUCUUAA